CCCCCGGGCACGCAGGGCCCCCCCGCGCCCGCCCCGGGGACAGCGGCGACAGCGGCAGCGGGGACAGCGGCGGGCGGCCGCCCCCCACCUUUCCCGCCUCCUUCUGCCGGGGGGGCCCGGCGGAGCCCCCCGAGCGCGGCCGGGCGGGACGGCGGCUCUGGGCGCGCUGCUGCGCUGCUUCCCCUGCGAGCGGCUGUGCGGGGGCUGCGCGGUGCCCCCCGGGGCGCUGCCCCCGGCCAUGCCGCCCCCGCCCCGCCGCCGCCUGCCCCCCGCCGCCCGCCUGCCCCCCCGCACCUUCCGCAGUUACCUGCCGCGCUCCCACCGCACCUACAGCUGCGUGCACUGCCGGGCGCACCUGGCCCGCCACGAGGAGCUCAUCUCCAAGUCCUUCCAGGGCAGCCAUGGCCGUGCCUACCUGUUCAACUCCGUGGUGAACGUGGGCUGUGGCCCGGCUGAGCAGCGCCUGCUGCUGACGGGGCUGCACUCGGUGGCCGACAUCUUCUGCCAGAGCUGCAAGACCACGCUGGGCUGGAAAUACGAACAGGCUUUCGAGAGCAGCCAGAAGUACAAGGAGGGGAAGUUCAUCAUCGAGAUGUCGCACAUGGUGAAGGAGAACGGCUGGGACUGACGCGGGGACACGGCUGGGACUGGGGGACACGUGGGGGCACGUUGUGGGGCUGGCGCUGGGUGAACCCCUCCUUUGCACCUUCCCCGUGCCCCCCCCGGUCGCAGUGCCCGUCCCCAGCAGCGGGGAAUGCGGGGCUUUUCUAGGGCAAUAAAGGCUUUUUUUUUUUUA